AUGGCGGGAGUCGGAGAGGCAGCAAGCAUCUUAGCUCUUGCGACCUUCGCCUAUGAUACGAGCAAAAAGCUGUACGAGGUCGUUUCCAGUUUCAAAAGUCGACGGACAGAUAUCCAAGAAGUCCAAAGUAGCCUUACUGCCCUGGUCUCUGUGCUCGAGCUGGUCCAACAGCAGAUACUGGAAUCGGGCGACGAAUGCAAGUAUAAGCCACUCUGCCAGCCGAUGCAGUGCUGCAUUUCGACUUGUGAGGACAUGCAGAAAUCGUUGGAUGCAUGCACUCAACGUCCGAAUGAUGUCCACGCCAGCAUUCGUGACUGGCUCAAGAUGCAGUUCCAUGGGAAGAGCUUCGCCGAUAUGAAGCAGCGGCUUGCAAGCUAUCAGUCGACGCUGAGUAUUGCGUUUGCUUCCGUUAACCUGUAG